AUGGUGAAAAAACUGCAACAAAAUACAUCUAAAUCAACAUCAUUAUUUGAAAUUAGAUUGAAAAAUCUUGAUCAUGAUGUAUUAGUAUUGAAAGGAAAUCCUCAAGAAGCAGCAUCGGCUUUAUUAUCAGGAACUAUAGUUAUAUCAGUAAUUGAACCAAUUUCAAUUAAAAAAAUUUCCCUUCGUUUAUUUUCUACAUUAAAAUUAGAUGGUGAAGUUACUGGUGGUGCUAGUGGUAGUUCUAGAAUAAUCAAUUUUUCUAAAAAAACUUAUGAAUAUAUUUGGAAUAGUCAAGAAUUUUCUAAUUAUUUAAAUAAUCACAAUAAUAACCUUAGUCAAUUGAGUUCAGGGACAAAUUCACCAAAUAAUCGAUCAUCUACUUCAUUAUCAUCACAUAAUAACAAUCAUCAUGGGGCAUUUUCUAAAUUGACGAGAAAUCAUUCAUCAACUUCAUUAUUGGGAUUAAGAUCAAAAUCUUCAUUAAGUCUUUCAGGAUUAACUGGUGGUUCAUCAACAAAUUUAGUAUCAGCAUUCACAUCAAGUAAUACUAACAACAAUAAUAAUAAUAAUAAUAAUAAUAAUAAAUUAAAUCAUUCUUUAUCAUCUACUCAAUUACAUAGUGGUAGCAUUGGUGGUAGCACUGGUAACAUUGGUGGUAGCACUGGUAACAUUGGUGGUAGUCAUUUAUUGGUACAAGGAAAUUAUGAAAUUCCAUUCAGUGUAAUUUUACCUGGAGAUUUACCUGAAUCAAUUGAAGGGCUACCUGGAUGUUCUAAUGUUUAUCGAUUAGAAGCAAUUAUUGAUCGGGGGAAAUUUCAUAGUUCAAUGAUUGCUAAAAAAAGACUUCGAAUCAUUCGUACAUUAACUUCUGAUGCGGUUGAAUUAUCAGAAACCAUAGCUGUUGAUAAUACUUGGCCCAAUAAAGUAGAAUAUUCAUUAAGUUGUCCAACAAAAGCUAUUGCUAUUGGUUCAUCAACUCCUAUAACAAUGACUCUUGUCCCCUUAUUGAAAGGUUUACAAUUAGGUGAUAUUAAAAUUGAAUUGAUUGAAAUGUAUUCAUUUGUUGGGAGUUAUCCACCAAUGAAAACUGAUGAAAGAAUAAUUGCCAAAAAGAAAAUACCCAAACGAAAGAAAAAUAACAAUGGUGAUGAAGAAGAAGAAGAAGAAGAAGUGGAUAUGUUUGAUCAAUGGCAAAUCGAUACAAUUAUUAAUAUUCCAUCAAGCUUAUCAAAAUGUACUCAAGAUGUUGAUUUAUCUACUAAUGUUAGAGUUCGUCAUAAAUUGAAAUUUAAUAUUGGAUUAAUUAAUCCUGAUGGUCAUACUUCAGAAUUAAGAGCAACUUUACCCAUUCAAUUAUUUAUUUCUCCAUUUGUUACUGUUCGUGGUAAUAAUAAUAAUUCUAAUACUGGUGAGGAUAAUAAUGAUAGAAAUAUUGAUCCAAAUGAUGAUGAUAUUUUAUUUACUAGCGAUUCCUAUGAUGCAUUAUCGGCAUUAAAUAAUAAUCAGAAUGUUGACAAUUCUGGGGCUGGUGGCGGAGAUAUUGGAUCAAAUAAUAGUUCAAUGACAAAUUUAACGGGAUUACUUGCUCCACCAAUGUAUGAAAGACAUAUUUAUGAUCGAUUAUGGUCAGAUAUUUCUCCUGUAGCUACUCCUUUAGCAUCAGGUCCAGCAACUCCAAAAAGUGGAAUCAUUUUAGGUGGUGGAAGUGGUAGUGAACGAUUUGGUAAUGAAUAUGGUAUGUCGCCAUUGGAUUCUCAAGUAUUGACGGAAAAUCUUCGACAAUUAAGUUUACAACGACAAAAACAAGAACAAUCGGAUAUUACUACUGUUGAUGAUGGACAUGGUAGAGCAACUUUUAAUUUAAUGGAUAAUGAUGAUAAUAAUAGUAUUCAUAGUGGAACCACCGGGGGUGUUACUGGUGGCAAUGGUGAUUAUUUUACCAGUAGCACUUCAAGAAGACCAAUUUUACCUCGUUCUAAUCAAAGUUUCCUUCAAGAUCAUAUGGUGGCAAUGUCACCACCAGUACAUAUAUCUCGAGUUAAUUCAGAUAUCAAUUUAGGUAAUAAUAACAACAACAACAACAAUGCCCCUUCCAAUUUGAGUCCAUUAGAAUUAUCACAAGUUCCAUCAUAUGCUGAAGCAAUGAAUAGUGAUCCACCAACAAUUACUAAUGAAGAAUUAUUUUCUCCAGCUUAUGAACCACCAUUACCUGGAUCUCAUAUUAAUUUACAAGAAUUAAAUAAAAAUUUAACCAAUCUUCAACAACAAAAUAAUAAUAAAAUUGGUCGUCAUAAUUCUCUUAAAAAUUCAAAUUCGUUCAAAUUACAACGAUCUUCAUCGACUACUUCAAGAAAUUCUUCACAAAAUUCAUCACCAAUGCAUUCAAGAACUGUAUCAAGUAAUAAUUUAUCAUCAUUAUCAGGACAUCACACUAAUAAUAGUCAUCAUCAUCAUCAUCAUUCUGGUGCAACUUCACCAUCAUCAUCAAUGACUAAUUUACAAAGAUUAACACCUGCCCAUCUUGCUCGUUCAAGUAGUACUAAUCAAUCAUUAAAUAUACCAACAACAACAACUAGUGGUGGUGGUGAUGGCGGGGCAACAUUUAGUUUAUCAAGUUCACCAAAUAGUACAACUGCAUCUACUACACAUCAAAGUGUUGGUAAAUUAUCUAAUAGUGCUGCUGAUCGAACUAAUGGAGGGGCAACACCAAUAAGAACAAGUUCUAGUUUGAGUUUACAUAAUUUACAUUUUUUAAGUAAGAAAAAGAAAUAG